UAUGAAUUGAAGAGGGAAAAGAAACAACCCAAAACAAAGCAAAGCCGAAUCCUCCGUCUCGGUGGUGCCAAAUCAAACGAACAUUUGAUUUCACUCUCUUUCCCACGCUUUCUCACUCCCAGUGGCGGAACGCGGCGGCCGAGCCGGAGUCGGACGAUCAUGAGUUACCGGAGUUUUCAGAGCCGCAGCAGGGAGAUUCGUUCUUCGAGAUCAGCUCUCUUCGAUGAUGGACUCGAGGAAGGCGGGUUGAGGGCUUCCGUUUCGUUUUCUUCGGAGAUCAAGGAGCACGACAACGAUGCGGCGGUGGAUACUCUGCAGGACAGAGUUAGCUUCCUCAAGAGAAUAACUGGUGAUAUACACGAGGAAGUAGAGAGUCACAACCGUCUGCUAGAUCGAAUGGGUAAUGGCAUGGACGUUUCAAGGGGGGUAAUGUCUGGAACCAUGGAUCGAUUCAAAGCGGUAUUUGAGAAGAAAUCCAGUCGAAGAACUUGUGCUCUUGCUGGGACCUUUGUGCUCUCAUUUCUCGCUGUAUAUUACCUCUUAAGGGUCCUUGGAUUCUUUAUAUAACCCAUGAAAGGGAAACCCUUCAAUCAAUGGAUUGAAGUCGGGCUUAUAGUUGCAGUUGCAGAAUCAAAGCUCCAUCCUUCUGGCUUUGAACCUCGCUCGGGAGCGUGUUACCCAUAUCGAAUACAAACAUGACACUGCCCGUGUCCAACAAUAUAUAGAAAGCUCAUUGUUGUACUGUAUGUAGAAACAUUGAUAGAAGUUUACUUCAAAUAUCUAUCAAAGAUUCAAGGCCUUCCUGACUGUCUGGUAAAUGUUGACGAUUGGUCUUUUUUCUUUUUCUUUAUGGGAGAGGAAAGUUGGAAAACUGGGAAAUUUUGUGUAUCAUUUAGUCAUUUACCUUUUUGACGUCCGGAACCGACAUAUUCGUUGGCCGGCAGAUGGCUGUCAGCCUGUCAGUUUAAGAUAUUGAAUUGAGUUAAUGGCCAUGUGCCCCCUAAACUAUGGGUCUUUUCCUAAA